CACAACAAACAACUGAAACAACGAUCAAAGAAAACGGAAGUGUAAAAAACAGUUUAGUUUACUUUCAGUGAAAUAUUCUUAAUUUUAAUAUUAUUCGGAGUAAUAAUCAGUAUACUUUUAGUGAACACUAAAGGAUGGCAUCAAUUUUAAACCCCUUACUACUCCAUCAAAACUGCUGUGAUGAGUGAAACCGACGAUACCGAUAUUCUUUUGCUUAUCCCGCCGAAUUUCUUCCUUGUGCCAAGUUCAGGCUCCGAAGAAUCACUUCUCGAUUCCUCUAGAACAGUUGUGCACAAGCCGUCUUGCACUGCUCAAGUAUUGGGAAAACUUGUGAACCAAGUGCACUCUCUUGAAAAUAGGUUAGAAAGCUUAGAGUUAAGUACUAACGAGAGUAUUUCAAGUUUUGGCCGAAGACGUAAAAGUUAUGAAACAGAAAGUUUUGACAGCCGCAGUCUCGACCGUAAAUGCUUUACUUUCCCGCGCAGGCGGCGACGAAAGAUCUUAAAUAAAAGGGAUAGAAAAAGAGACUUGUCCCUUACAAGUUUAGACUCAGUGGGCACUGCACAUAUACCACCAUUAAAAUUCAAGGAUUUCCCAGAUAAAUCUUCAACCAAUGAUACAGUAAGCAUGGAUGGAGACAUAAGCAGUAUUGUAUCCACACCCAGCAAGAAAAAUGAUAAACUACUACUACAUGAAAUUGAUGAAUUCCUGACUAAAGUUGAGUCAUAUGAAACACCUGAUUCUAAAAUAAAAAAUGAAAUAUCCCUUAGCCCAGAGAAUGUAAUCAAAGCUACAGGUGAUUACAUGGCUAGAAAGAUGGACCAGAAAAUGGGUGCUGAUGACAUCAAACUUCCAAGUGGUAGAAUUGUAUCCAGUAACAUAUUAGAUAAAUAUAUCUACCUGGUUAAGAAUAAUCCUGAAGCAACAGACAAGCCAACCUCAAGCAAUGUUAGGCCACAGUAUGUUACAGAGGCAAAUGAAAAGUUGGCAUUAGAAACCCAAAAAGGCAGACUCUUAAAAAAUGAAGCAAAAUCUCCUUCCAGCAGAAAGUUAAAUUUCGUAGAUUCUAAAGACAUCCAUGUUACAUCAACUCCGAAAAAAUCACAAUCUUAUUUAGAUACAUUCCGUCCUUCUAGUAAUAAAAUAUAUGAUAGAGCCUCAAAGGUGUUGGAGCAAUACAAGUCAAAAAACUUUGGAAGCAAUUCUCAAAAUUCUUUAGCAGAUACGAGUCACUCCCUGUCUCCUAAAAAAGAUGAAUUCAAGAUGCCACAGCUGAGACCAUUUCCAGAGGGCAAAGAUGGUUUGAAAAUGAGUGAGUUUCGCAACAAGUACAUAGACACUAUAGACACAGAUUUGUUGAGCUUGAGUGAGAUGUGGGGUGAGAAAAGGGACAAGGGGGACAGGAUGGAGAAUGCAAAGUUAGAGGAAGAAAAACUUAAAAGAGAGCAUUGUGAAACCAUAAUCCAGCAAUUACAAAAGAAACUCCUGGAGCAGCAAGAGAAGCUGGCAGUAGCUGUGAAAGUAGACCACAGCAAGGACCAGGCCAUCGCCAAGCUCCGGGACGCUUGGCUAAAGCUUACUAGCAGCCUGGAUCGGGCAGAGGAGCGCCACAAAGCUGCAUUGGACAAAAUGAUGCGGGAAGUUGACAACUUCAAAGCUGUAGCUGAUGAAGCACAGAAGAAAACUAGCCAUUUCGAAUCAGAGCUUUACAAAGCCCUAGACUUGGCCCAUGACUACCAAGACAAGUGCAAGCAACUAAACCUGGAAAUGAAGCAGGUUAGGGCUAGCACUGAGAGUGCACUUGCCAGCAAAGAUGAGCUUCUAGCGAGCAAGGACAAGGAAAUACUUGCCUUGAAGGAAAACUAUGAAACGGUCAUGAGAUUGAAUAAACAGUCUACAGAUUGUGUAAAGAACCUGGAGGAUGUAUUGGAAAAGGAAAAAUCGGACCACAAUGAUUCAAAGCAAAAAAUCUACGAGCUGUCCCAACGGCUGCAGUCUAUUGACGAAGAAACGGCCCUCGUACAUCAAGAGAGGGACCUCCUGAGGACCAAGGUCGCAGAAGAGCGCGGCCGAGCAACCAUACUGGAGCGACAGCUCGCCGACAAACAGGACCAGUGUAGCGACCUUCUCAACAAAUGCGACAAUCUUGAUGCUGAAGUUAAGUCCCUGCGAAAACAGCUGGAACUCCAGAAGAACGAGCUAAAGUGUCACUACCAGAAGCAGCUAGAAGACGCCGUCCUAGCCAAGCUGCAGGAGUUCCAGCAGCAGCUGGAACAUGCUGAGAGGGACCUGGAGAACGAUGCGAGGGGCAAAGAGAGUGCUAUGCUGGAGACGUUUAACAGGCAGGUCGCUAGGAUCGAAGAGCAACACAAAUUGGAGAUUAACGUUCUAGAAGAGAAACAAAAAGAAGAGGUAAAAUUAUAUCGACUACAACUAGCUCAGGCCAGUGAAAAAAUCGGCUUAUUGGAGAGUAAGCUGGAGUCCCACCGGCGGCGGCGCGGGCAGAUCGCGACGCAGCUGCACGGCGUGAUGCAGCAGCAGUGGCGCCAGGCCGUGCGCAUCCUCACCAGCGGCCAGGAGCCGCUCGACCUCACCAGGGACUCGGCGUCGACGCCGGCUCCUGACUUCGCGGGGAAGGUGCCGCCGUUGUCGCUGCCGCCGCGGCGCGAACGCGACCCUUUAAACUUUGACGGACUCUCCGACCACGAGUUACAACACUAUGUAAAAUUGCUGCUGACCAAGCCGCCGGCGUUGGACAGCACAGACGCGCGCUCGGUGUCACCACACGAAGAACCCACAAGCGACCGGCCCGAGCGCAAGGCGCGCCGUAGCCUCAACCACAGCGGACCCAAGCCGCCUUGGAAGGCCUGACCCUCACCGCAAGCAAUACGGUUCCAACCUCUAACUCUCUUUUACCGCUAAAGACGUCAACUCUCCAGAUCAGGAUGCGGCCCGAGCGUAAGGCGCGCCGCAGUCUCAAACACAGGGAGCCCAAGGCAUCCUGGAAGGCCUGACCCCCCACCACAGGAAAUACUGUUCCAACUUAACUCUCACCGCUAAAGACGUCAACUCAUUAGACCAGUGACCAGCCCGAGCGCAGCCCCAACCACUGCGAGCCUAAGCCGCCCUCGAAGGUCUGAUCCCACCGCAGUGCAUAGAUACUCAAUUUAAUAACGGAAAGUGAAAACAUUUUAAAACUAUUUCCUGUUUUGAUAAUCCAAAAUUUGUAAAAGAAAUUACGUCCAUGUACGCAAUCACAUAGUAAAUACCAUGUGCAAUAUAAA